AUGGCUUACCGGGACAUACUUCUAGUGGGAGCGCCGCACGCCGAAGGCGCCGGCCGCGAAGAAGCUCAGCGAGGCACGCGUAAGCGUGAAGGGUUGGCCUGUUGUGUAGGAGAAGGCGCCGAGGCUGGUGGCGUUAGGGGUGCUUGGCAUGGUGGCAGGUGUGGGAAGGCUCGUUUGCUACGGGCAUUAGGGCGCCAUCGGCGUGCGUGGCUAGGUAGGAGUCAGUAA